CGGUGUUGAUCUGACCGUGCUAAUUUAAUCCCUUUCUGAUUGAUUUCUAGGAUCAUGGAGGAGGAGGAAGCAGCCAUGGGAGGCUAUGAAGACGUGAGGCACUCCGAUGUCUCCACGGAUCUGUACAGCUCGCAGUUUGAGAACAUCCUGGACAACGCGUCUCUAUACUACAGUGCGGAGUCACUGGAGACCCUCUAUUCCGAGCCUGACAGCUACUUCAGCUUCGAAAUGCCGCUCACUCCGAUGAUCCAGCARCGCAUGAAGGAGGGCAGCCACUUCCUCGAAAGGACUUCAGCCUCGGCACAGCAGGAGGUCUUUAGGCUUCCCACUGAAGGGGAGCUGAAGAGUCACCACGAAGGGAUCUCCAAUGGCUUAAGAGGUGCAAGUGAAACUCUCUUCAAAGGAGACGUCACAGAAGUUCCUCACUUGGACAGCAAUGCAAGGCUGCAGAAUGUGCUGCUAGAGGCCGGCGCCGUCAUGGGGAGCAGCGAGCCCCGGGAGAAGGACGUCGCGGGAGCGCUCGGAUGCGACCUCAGCAACGGCGGCAGCAGCAGCGUGGAGGCAGCCCGGCGCCUGGCCAAGCGCCUCUACUGCCUGGACAGGUUCAAACGCUCCGACGUGGCAAAGCACCUGGGCAAAAACAAUGAGUUCAGCAGGCUGGUGGCUGAGGAGUACCUUAAGUUUUUUGAUUUCACGGGGAUGACGCUGGACAACUCGCUGAGGAGUUUCUUCAAAGCCUUUUCACUUAUUGGAGAAACUCAGGAACGAGAGAGAGUUUUAAUCCACUUCUCCAGCAGAUACUAUCAGUGUAACCCAAACACCAUUUCGACUCAAGAUGGGGUUCACUGCCUCACGUGUGCCAUGAUGCUGCUGAACACUGACCUGCAUGGCCAUAACAUUGGGAAGAAGAUGACCUGUCAGGAGUUCAUUGCUAAUCUCCAGGGGAUGAAUGAUGGCAAAGAUUUCCCUAGGGGGCUAUUGAAGGCCCUCUACAAUUCGAUCAAGAAUGAGAAGCUUGAAUGGGCAGUGGACGAAGAAGAGAAAAAGAAAUCUCACUCAGAUGGUACUGAUGAAAAGGAUAACGGGAACCAGACAAAAGCUGUUGGUCGCAUUGGCAACUCCAAUAAUCCAUUCUUAGACAUCCCUCACGACCCCAACGCUGCUGUGUAUAAAACAGGAUUCCUGGCUCGAAAAAUCCAUGCAGAUAUGGAUGGAAAGAAAACUCCCAGGGGGAAGCGAGGCUGGAAAACCUUUUAUGCUGUGCUGAAGGGAACAGUCUUGUACUUGCAGAAGGAUGAAUAUAAACCAGAGAAGGCUUUAUCAGAGGAAGAUCUGAAGAAUGCAGUGAGUGUGCAUCACGCUCUGGCAUCCAAGGCAACGGACUAUGAGAAGAAACCUAACGUUCUCAAGCUUAAAACAGCAGACUGGAGGGUCCUGCUCUUCCAAGCUCAGAGCCAAGAAGAAAUGCAGGCCUGGAUCAACAAGAUUAAUUGUGUGGCUGCCGUCUUCUCUGCACCACCGUUUCCAGCUGCAAUUGGGUCUCAGAAGAAAUUCAGUCGCCCACUCCUGCCAGCCACCACAACAAAGCUAUCUCAGGAUGAACAGCUGAAAUCCCAUGAAGCUAAGCUGAAGCAGAUCUCUACUGAGCUUGCCGAGCACCGCUCCUAUCCUCCUGACAAGAAGCUCAAAGGCAAGGAAGUUGAUGACUAUAAGCUGAAGGAUCACUAUCUGGAGUUUGAGAAAACUCGCUAUGAGAUCUAUGUUGGCCUGCUGAGAGACGGGGUGAAGGAGCUGCUGAGCGGGGAGAACGACGGGCCAGGCCUGAAGAAAUCCCACUCGAGCCCCUCGUUGAAUCAGGAGUCCCCAGUCAGUGCCAAGGUGAAACGCAACGUCUCGGAGAGGAAGGACUACAGGCCAGAAACACCCAGCGUUAAGCAGAAGGUCACUUAGGGGAUAAAUGGCAACCAGGGGAACGUCCAUGCAGCAGAGUACCGGUGGUCAAACAUUUUUUUUUUCCUUUGAUAAGCUGUCAUUCACAAAAAUAAGUGCAUCUGCCUGAAUGGGGUGUUAGUGACAUUUUCUAUUGUAUAUUUUGUUGUUUCUGUACAGAUUGUGGGAGAUGUCUUUGCUCCUGAUUUGCUUUGCUUUGUUAAUUUAUCCUUUAGCGACUGAAGCACAUCCUUGGGGAUUUUUUUUGUAUUGUUCUGUUUCUAAAGGAGCUUGAGCGGAGGGGAAGACUGCUGUGACUUAUUAUCUGUCUCUUCCCYUUUUAUCUCCUCCCAUUGGCACGUGGCUUUCAUCUCUCAAGUCACUUGCCACUUUAUUUACGUGGUCGGUGGGAAGUGUAACUGGACAAAUGCUGCAGCGUUGUGAAUUCAGGCUGUUGCUGUGAGAGAUGCGUGCACAUAGGCAGCUGCAGGAGGCUGCUUAGAGCCUAGGAUGCUGGAAAUGGUGUUUUCCUGACAAUGCAGAGCAGAUGGUACUGAUGCUCGGCCGUGGGUGCUUCAGUAACUAAGGCGCUGUUGCUUGUGGUUGUGACAUUGACCCCCGGACCCAAAACUGCGAAGGAAGGAAGCCUGGAAGUCGCUGGGGUUGUCGGGAUGUCAGCAUUGGAAUCAUUUGUUUCUCUUUCCUCGCCAAAAGUCUCCUCCCGAGGUAGCAGACUGGGGRAUGUCCAAACCCAUGCUGCCCCUGUGGCCAGGGCUACCCAGCCAGAACGAGCCUGGGCUUUAGUCUUAUUUGCAAAGAGGCUACUGUAGAUGCUAGCCAUUAUAAGUAUUGUGUUUUAAAGACAAAGGGUGUUUGUGUAGUUUUUAACUAUACUUUCUCACUUAGCUGCUAUAUAGAGAGCCUUACAAUAUAUCAUUCAUCCAUGUUCCCCCUUCCAGGAGUUUCCGUGUCUGUAUGCACAGAUAUUUGCAAAUUCUCUGCUAGAGACAGAGUAUUUUGCCUUUUCUCUUCAGGAAGGGAUUCUCCUCCGCUAUCUGUUUCCCUGCUGCAGCCCGUGUUGGAGCAGAAGAGGCUGGUGCAGGCUGGAGAAGGGGGCAGGUUGUGCCCUGGGGGGCAGUGCCAUCCUGGCUGCUCCGGCCUGSGUUCUGCGGGACAGAGCAGCCGGAGAUUUGGCACCUCCUGUCCUGCCCUGCAGCUCCAACACGUCCCACCGUGGGCUGCGAGGGGCCCGCUCAGCACGGAGAGGCAGGAAUGCGGCUCAAGAUUUCUGUACCUCAGCACCCCCUCUUUGCUCCACAGCUGCCUGUGUGGUCGCCAGUCUGGGCACUUGUGUGCAGGGAUUAGGAAGAUGACACAGAAAUGCUUCUUUUGCUUUCAGCCCCUGCAGCUUUGAGCACGCUGUGGAGAGCACACACGCACCCGGUACUUAACACCCUGGGUUUUAAUCUCAGGUUUGAUACUGGCCUGCUGAGYGAGCUCAGGCAGGUCUCUUCUCCCUUUAUGCCUCACACAUCUCGUAUGCAGAAUAGUUUAACCAUGCUGGCCUUUUCCACAGAGCAUCUUGAGAGGUUCUGUUAGAGUAUCAGAUGAGAAUUGUUGCUAUUAUAUUUUUUUGUUGUGCCUGGCUCAGGUCAGCCUUCCUGCAGGAUACAAUUUGCAAUGAUAAGUCAAGACCAAGAAAUGUGCUGGUACUUCCAACCCCCACUAAUUUUAGGACCACACCAAUAUCUCUGUCACAGCAAGUACCACAGGAGCAGGUUCACRCCCUGCUAGAACCAAGUCAGUUCUCACCACUGCGCCUGGAGCCAAAGCUGCAGAAGAAAUACAAUGUGGACAUGGAAUUUCCCCUCCCUGGAAGGGGUGCUUUGGAUUGCUCGCUGUCCUGUGGUGGAUCAACACCCAGCUGCAGCUGGUAGUUGAGAACAGCCCCAAGAGCGGCUGCACCGGGAGGAAUGAAUCCUCAUUGGGAAUGCUGGAGGCACUUGGUCAAGCAGAAAGCAUCUGUCCUCUUGGGUAUCACACUUCAUGGCACGUGUGGAGCUGCGUGGAGUGGAGACAGAAACAAGAGUGGAGACAGAAACAAGAAGUGCACAUUGGCAGAUGAGCCCCGCUGUGGCCCCUGCAGGAAGGUUCUCUAGGUGGACACUCGAAGGCAGCCUGGAACAUGCCCAGCAGCCUGUAGUGAUGGAAGUGCAGCGCUCUUACAGGCAAAGAGGUGGCAAUUAACUUUCCUUCCAGCUUUUGAGAUAUUCCAGCUGUUCUAGACUGCAGUUGAAAUGCUGAGCUCACAAAGGAAAUGAUUCCUGUAAAAGGUGUUUGCAGCCUUGGCACAGAAACUGGUUAAUUCAUCUUCAAAGUCAUUGCAGAGGAGAUGAUCAGAAGCAGUAUGAAAAGUUGAAUAGUGAACUGCAAAAGUGUGUGUUUUUUUAAUUUAUUUUUUCAGUCUUCAUUAUUUAUUCUAUAUUUCCAUGUAUACUUGUAAACGGAUUGUGGCCUAUUUUUCAUGUCUCACACAAGCUUGGCCAAUGCAGCUCUUCACUGCAGUUUUUAGCUAUUAAAUAUUUGCUGAGCUUAGAGCACGUGGGUGAGACUGUCGAGGUGUGCGAAUUAGUCACCAGAACUUGCCCGGUUCUGCACGCUGCAAUUAAUGCCAUUUUGCUCAGUAGCUUUGUGAACUGCCCGYGCCC